AUGCCACCCAAAGCCACGCAAGCACCCAAGAAACCGAGACGUAAACAACCACAAAACUCGAGGCAAGUGCGGAGGCCUGCCAGAGGUAGCAAUGAGAAUCCGUGUUUAAAUAAUGAUGAAAGUCAGGUUGGACGCCCUAGUGAACAAACCAACGAUCCAACACUUGUGGACGACAGAUUAUUGUCGACUAUGUAUGAGGAGGAGAUGUACUUGUCUGAUGAAGAUGGUCCAGAGGUAGAGCACUCGCCAUCGCCACACGAUCAGCCCCCUCCUUUCGCGCAGCCUACCCACCAGCAGCACCUGCCUGAGCACAGCUCAGCCUACAGGCAGCCUCUGAACCACUCCUACCAGCAGCUGCCAGUCGGGCAGACUCAUACCCACUAUUCAACGCCCAGCCAGUCAUCGAAUCCUCUCUUCCAGCAUCGACAACCAUAUCAACAACUCCCAGCGCACCAGCCGCAAGGUGGUAAUAUGUAUCGAUGUUUAAUCGACGCGCCACCUCCUCCCACUGUGCGUGGUGCAGAGCGUCUCAGUAGCCGCCUGUGUGAUGAUCAACAGCCCAUGGAGUACCAGCAGCCGCCAGUCAGACAGGCUCAUCCCCACUAUUCAAUGCUCGGGCAGUCAUCAAACCCUCACCUCCAGCAUCAACAACCAUACCAACAACUCCCAGUGCACCAACCGCAAGUAGGCAAUGUCAUGGGUAUCUAG